AUGCGCAAUGGGAAGAUAUUAUGCUGCCAUUGCUUUUACAAUAAAGGUGAUCAUGAAGACGACGAAGGAGGCCGCAGCAUAGAGAGUCUGUGCGCCGUGAACUUAGCCGAGGGUCUUAAUCCAAGGACAAAUGGGCCUGGCAAGGACUCUUUCUCAUUUUCAACAUCCGGUUCUAAGCCAUCAUCAUCUUUGUCCUUUCCAGUCACAUCUUCCAUGGUUUCUUCAACUUCUUCGUAUUCUAGUUUUCUUUUCUUGUUAGUGGUAAACCACCUAUUCAGUGGCAGGCUUAGGUGUGGGUCACCUGAAUUUAUUAUUCGUUCAUUUACUAUCACACUAGGUCCUCUGAACCAUAAUAUUUCACCCUUUGUUUUUUUCCAUGGAAACAUCUCUUCUCUUCCAGAUCUCUUGGUUUGGCUGUGCAGAUCAGUACGCUGCAAAACAUCUACGUUUUUGGUUAUAGAGAUAGGUAAGACAAACGAGGAGGCUGCAUCGAUCAUUAUAUUACCCAAAUUACCUCUUGAUGCCUGCGAUGUUAAAUCAUCGAUUAUUGUUGGGAUAUUAUAA